CGUUUGACAUUUAUGACGUAUGUUAUUUCUGAAAAAAGUAAACGUAAAAAGCGGAGUGUAAUUUUUCUGUUGGAAAAACAGUAGUGAAAUCAAGUUUAAUAUUGUUUAAAUAUGGCAAAAACAUACGAUUAUUUAUUUAAAUUAUUACUUAUUGGUGAUUCCGGUGUAGGAAAAACUUGUGUGUUAUUUCGAUUUUCAGAAGACGCCUUUAAUACAACCUUUAUUUCAACCAUAGGGAUUGAUUUUAAAAUACGGACAAUAGAUUUAGAUGGCAAAAAAAUUAAAUUACAAAUAUGGGAUACAGCAGGCCAAGAAAGGUUUAGAACCAUAACGACAGCUUAUUACAGAGGGGCCAUGGGUAUUAUGUUAGUGUAUGAUAUUACUAAUGAAAAAAGUUUUGAAAAUAUUAAGAACUGGAUCAGAAAUAUUGAAGAAAAUGCUUCUGCUGAUGUGGAAAAGAUGCUUUUAGGAAAUAAAUGUGAACUGGAGGAAAAACGACAAGUCUCUAGGGAAAGAGGAGAACAGUUAGCUAUUGAGUACGGUAUUAAAUUUAUAGAGACUAGUGCAAAAGCUAGUAUUAGGGUAGAAGAGGCUUUCUUUACAUUAGCUAGAGAUAUAAAAACAAAAAUGGAAAAGAAAUUGAAGGAAGCUAGCAAUCCUCCAAAAGGCGGCCACCAACUGCGAGCUUCUGAACCACAAAAGAAACCUACAAGUUGGUUAUCCCGAUGCACCCUACUCUGACCAUAUGCUGACAUAUACUCUAACCUACCGCCAUCUAUAUUAAGAUAUUUUGGAUAAAAACUGAGAUUGGUGAAUGUGCAGUGAU